AAAGGCGCCAGCUGCUCGCCUCUCAAAUUAUAGCGAUACGUGUAUGAUUCGUCUGUUUUGUUUGAAGGAAACUGGCAUUAGAUUGUGCCAUCAUGCUAUAGUAAAGGAUUUUGAAUAAGCUUGGAAAGAAGUUUGAUAAAGUUGGCGCACAUAAUUAGAGACUUUAUUUAGAUAGAUAAGGUGAUCAACAGGCACAAUGAGAAUCAACUGCGAAGUACAAGUAUCUAAUCGCAAGCUUCCAUCUCUCAAUAUGUCCAGCAAGAAAAAUACGGCACGUUCUUCUUUGGGAAUUGGACGCUUGCCAGGUUCAAAGGCUGAUGUUUCUAAUUUGUUCAUCCAUUUAUGUACAGCACAAAAUAAACAAGGAAAUAAAUAUAAGGUUGGUGGAAACAUUGAGGCUGUCUUCACAAAGUUUGUCUCCGAGGGGAAAUUCACAAUUCGUUUCAAAGAGCCUGCCCAUGACCUGUGUGUAAAGGCUGAUCCUGUUCUGGCAAAGACCUUUCUUCAGACAUUGAAACUAGGAAUUCAAAACAAAGAUAUUGAUAAGCUUCGCCUGUCUACUCUUGCACCUGUCAAGCAAAGUCAAGUGGAAAAACCCAAGACAAAAUUGGUUAUCACUUGUAAAAAAGAUUAUCCCAUCACCACGGCCUUCCCUUACUCUUUGGAGACACUUAGGGUUAAUGAUGUUGACCUGACUCGAGUAGAAAAUCGCAUCAUGAAGCUAAAGCGACUGCAGAUCUUAGACCUGAGCCAUAACAUAAUUCAGGUUCUCCCUGCAACAAUGAAUGAGAUGCAUAGCCUUGCAGAGUUGCAUCUUGCUCAUAACAAGAUUAAAGGCAUCAGUCACCAGGUGUUUACAGGAAAGAUUUCUAAAACAUUACGCUUGCUUGACCUUUCUAACAAUCAUAUGGAAUAUCUGCCACACACACUUGGACAGCUUGUCAGUCUGGUUACAUUGAGACUAGAUAACAAUUUCCUCAAGAAGUUACCUAUCUCCUUAGGCAAGCUUACAAGUCUUAAAUUUUUUUCUGCCAGCAACAACAAACUCGUUGAAUUACCUGCUUCAGUUUUUCAUUUAAAGAUGGAAAACAUUGAUGUUUUUGGCAACCCAUUUACAAGUCAGCUGGGAAUAGUGGCAAACAAUAUGCCCAAAGGGGUACCAAAUCUGCGUGAAAUUGCAUCAGCAUACUGUGUUAAAAGAGGGUUGCGUCCAACAGCUGCCGACAUACCAGCCACUUUAGUCGAAUAUCUUCAGAGUUGGCUGAAGUGCCUCUGUGGUAGAAUAUGUUAUGAAUCUCACAUUCUCACGUGCAUUUCCCUGAACCUGAAGCUGGUUGCUCCUGCAUUAACCAUUGGCAAUGCAUUUGAGACUUCCACACCCGCCUUGGCCACUUUGUGUUCGCAGAAAUGUUUUGACAAAUUCACAAAGAGAUAACUGAAAGAAAUCUUGAAAUGCAGAUGUGUAUUAUUCUUGUAUUUUUGAUGCAUUUUCCUUCAUAUUUUAAGGACAGUGAUUAAGUUAUUUUAUUAUAGUUGGAUAUAAAAUGAAUUCCAACAUUGAUUUUUUUAAUGAAAAAUUACAUAAUUUAUUUACUUUAUCUUUUCUUCAGAUCAUCCCUUUCAUUAAAUUCAAGGAAUUCAUCAUUCUUGACAUUAUUAUAUAGUGUUAAUUUACCCUUUUUCACUAUAGAAUUUGUAUUAUUUUAUAUAAAAAUAGUACAACUUUAUUUUUUAAUGCCAAAUGUGACCAACCUAUGGUGAUAUACAGCAAUUUUUUUCUUCUUUUUAAAGAAGAGACAAUUUAUAUCCAGACCCAGUACUUUUUAAUAAUAAA